GUUAUCGGAUCGCAUAGCAUCGAUCGACACAGUUUACUGAAUUAUCUAACGAUUUGUUGUCAAAUAACUCUCACGGCAAAUCCAUUGUUUAUUAAUUUCUACAGGCGCUUUUAACAUCGUGAGAUGGAGUGGUCUAAGGAUAAGACUUUGAAGUUGAUCGAGCUGUUGCAAGUUAACGCGAGCCUUUGGAAUCCAUCUUUGUGUGACACCAGACGAGACAAACAGAAACGCAAAGAAGAACUACGUGUGAUAUCUGAGCUUUUGGGAAUUCCACUGCCAGAUACUACGAAAAAAAUUCAACAUCUCAGGACUCAGUAUAACAGAGAAUCGGCGAGAGAAACUAGAGCAAAUGCUGAAGAUCCAAACGAUAGAUACGUUAGUAAUUGGUACGCAUUUGAGUAUCUUCAUUUUAUGAAGGAUUCUAACAAACCAUACAGAAUAUUGCAAUCUGAUUUACAGGCAGAAGUAAACAGCACUAUAGUAACACAUUCGGAAAACUCUAUAAGUGAAUGUAAAAUUGUGAAUCUAUCACCACCCCACAAAAUUCCAAGGACGGACAACUUCACACCGGUCAAGCCAGAACUUGUUUUCCAAUCUGAAUCAAAAAGUAGGGAUGAGUUCUCAGUGUUUGGAGAGUAUAUAGCAAAUGAGCUGAGAUCAUUAAAAGGUGAAAAGAAUCUGUUGGUUGCUAAGAAAAAAAUUCAAGAUGUCAUAUUUGAAGUAAAAAUGGGUAUGAUAUGUGAACCGAGGGCAGAACAAACUUCAAAUUGCUCUGUCUAUCCUCACACUAGUCAAACACAUAAUUCUCCACAGAUACACAAUGGCAAAUUGUAUACCACACCAGUAAUGAGUACCACAGCUCAUAUAGAUCCUUUAACAUCAUCACAAACUCCACCUACAUCAGGAAUAGGGGAAAUAAUCAUCAAUAGUGCUUGCCAUUAUUCAACAUUCAAAGUGGAUACCUAAUAGCAAUGCCAUCCACUUCCUGACCAGGAAGUGGAUAAAACUAAUACAUAUACUAUAAGCUAGUUAUAAGUUUUAUAUAUAUA